GACCUCAUACACCCGACAAACCUUUGCCAGAUGAGAGCGGAUUCGUGGACUACCUUUCACCUCCUCCCCCGGUGAGCCAAUACGGCCUGUCCUACUACAGGCCCCCUCCACCGACGCAGGGCUUCUACGCGCCUCCACCGGUGCAGACCUACCCUGCACCAAUGCAGGGCUACUACGCCUCUUUUUACUAUCCUCCUCUACCUCCUCCGGUGAUGCAGCGUCCUCCCCUGAUUCAACCCUACAAUCCUCCUUUCUUGGGGCGCUACCAUGUGGUCCAUGCACCAACCUCUGGCCAGCGAGAGCAGCCGCUUGUGAGCACAUUUUUGUAUGGUGCGCUAGUGAUCGUCAGCGUGGUGCUCUUCAACCUGCUGAUUGCAACUGUUUUCGCGGUGACAGACGACCGGGAAAACAACGUGCCCUACGGCUACUACCCUCCUUCUCCACUUUCUCCACCACCUCCUCCUCAAGAGCUUCCGCCUCUUCUCCAGCUGCAACCAGAAUUUACAACCAGAACCUACAACCAGAACCUACAAUACCUGCAACCAGAACCUACAAUACCUCGAGGAAGAGUCGCACCGGUAAAAUUCAAG